AUGGUUAAAUACAGGGAUAUCGUUUCCGGCGAAAUUCUAGCCACAGACGAGUUUAUCCUGAAGGACGUCAAUGGCGCUGUAUGGGAAAUCGACUGCAAAGAGAUUCUCGCGCAUAAAGCAGAGCGAUGGAAAGGGGUAUUCCCAGGUUCAAAGGGGAAAGUGUGGCUUGACUAUCUCUACCGGUUCGGUUUCCAACGCCUGCCCCACAGUGGUGAUGCACGUUUACUAGACUUGUCGAAUGCCGCUUCCGCUUGGGCCUCAUUGCAGAAAAUGAGAGACGACACACUCCCGGACAGUACGAUUGAAGAUAUGGAAAAUCGCUUCACAUAUUACUACAACAAAAUCUUCCUUGAUCCCUAUGCACAAUACAGUGAAUGGUAUGCUACGUCAUUCGAAUCCAUAUCACAGCCUAUCCUUGUCAGAGAGCGGGAAGAUGGUACGCCCUACGCCAUUUUGUGGCAACUCGCCAUAGUGAAGGAGUAUUAG